GAAUGCAUUUGUGGCGAAAGUGUUUAGUUGCAAUUGAUAACUGACGUAAAUAGAAAGUGUAUUGUUAUAAAUAUAUAUCUAAGUUGUUGUUUUGUUGCAAAAACGAUUUUAUUUUAUUAAUUUCUCGAAAAAGCCUAUUGUAAUUGAAAAAAGAAGGAACAUGUUCACACGCAUACACAAACUAAACCAAUUACCAUCGAAUGUGAGCGCAUUCCUGGGAGUCAACGCCAAUAAUACCACUAAAAACGUUCGUAGCAUAUUUCGUUAUAGUUUUGCAAUAAAAAAUAAUGAGCAUAUAUCGGUUAAUACGGCACAACAACAAGUGUUGAAAAAAUACCAGCGCCCCUUUUCAAUAUGUAGAAAUAAUUAUGUGUCGGUAGCAGCUCGUGCAACGGGUUCAAAAGAUGAGAGUAAAGACUUUUUGGCGGUGUUUCCAGAAAUUGUACAUGAAUUGACUGACGCAGCGAAUUCUCUAGAGACCCGACAGGCUGCGGAAUGGUUUACAAAGGCUCUGGAGUACAAUGUGCCGCGUGGUAAACUGAAUCGUGGUAUUCUCGCCGUUUCAACGUACAAACAGGCAGCUAAAGCUGAGCAACAGACGCCGGAGAAUCUUAAAUUGGCACAUUAUCUCGGUUGGUGUAUAGAAAUGCUGCAAAGCUUCUUCCUCCUCACCGAUGAUGUAAUGGAUGGCAGCACUACGCGACGCGGUCAAUUGUGUUGGUAUAAAUUGGAAAAUGUUGGUCUCAUUGCACUCAAUGAUGCCCUUAUGAUUGAGAAUGGUAUGUACGUUUUGUUCCAUAAACAUUUUCGCCACUUGGACUGUUAUGUCGAUUUGCUCGACCUCUUCCAUCAAAUAACUUUCAUUACGACUAUGGGUCAGUCGUUGGAUAUACUAAAUUCAAAUAAAACUGUUAGCGAAUUCAAUAUAGACGUAUACAAUUCUAUAGUGGCAAAUAAAUCAUCGUUCUACACCUUCUAUUUGCCAGUUGCAGCUGCUUUACAUUUAGCUGGUGUUACAGAUCGUGAGGUGUUUGCCAAUUGUAGGGCGAUCAUUUUAGAGAUGGGUAAUUUUUUCCAAAUACAAGAUGAUUUUCUUGAUUGCUUCGGUGACCCAGAGGUUACUGGAAAAGUUGGCACUGAUAUACAGGACAACAAGUGUUCGUGGUUAGCUGUAAAAUGUAUGGAACAAGCUAACCCAGAGCAAAGAGCCAUUAUGGAGGAAUGUUAUGGACAAAAUGAUCCUGAGAAAGUAGCACGUGUUAAGCAACUCUACGAGGAACUGGAUCUUGCCAGCUAUUAUGCAAAGUUCCAAGAAGAUAAAUUUAAUCAAAUUAAAACACAAAUUGAGCAAGCACAUAAGGGAGUCCCAAAAGCAAUACUGUUGCAAGCUCUACAGAAACUUCAUCAACGACAAUCCUAAGAGGCGUUAAAGAAAGAAAAGACUAGAAGAAUGUAUGCCAAGUAGUUUUUAAUAAGCAACUAAAUAAGAAUUUGUCAAUUUAUAAUAACAGAUUUGCUUUCGUAGCGUACGCUACCGUUAUGUACAAAGCUCAACGAACUUUAUUAUAACUUCUGUGCUAUAAAUAUGUAUACAUAUUUUGUUCCGAAACACUAUGCAUGUGAAUGUCCUUAAGUAUAUUUAUCUCUAUGCACUUGUUUAACGUAUCUUCAUAUCUCAGAUUAUGAACAUUCAAAUACGAAAUCGAAACGAUUCGAUAUUAUUA